ACCGCCUAGCGCUUCCAUUUGAGCUUCCCGUCAUCCAAGCAACGAAUCUCAGCCGCCCAAGGUUGGGCUCCUCCAGUUGGAGCCUUCAUCCAGAGUAUUGGAAGCGCUUUCCGGCAGGUAGAGGGCACGAAGGUAUGCGCGUUUGCGAUAGCCUUGAUCCGCUCCAGUCUCUGUGCCCCUCACUUCUCGUCACGAAGCGAACAUGCGCUUCCCCGCAGUCGUCACCCGAAGCUCUGUCGCCUAAUUUUAACCCGGGAGCUCGAUUGGCCUCCACCACACCUCUGGAGGGCCCCGUCGCUUCUUGGGGCGUUGUGCGCCUGUAGCAUCCCGCCUCGCGCUCCUUGCCUGCCUCCGGUUUCUUCCCUGGUCCGCGCCGUCCUGGGGCCAUCUCUUUUGUCUUUUAAUCCCUGCGGGAAGGCCCUCUUCCACCCUCCGUUUCCGCAUGGGCUUCUAGGAUUAACUCCUACUGUAUCACUCGCCCCUGUCUUAGGAUCUUCGUGGCCUACCCUCAGUUGUGUUGUCUUUUAUACAACUGUCCCGUCUCUAACGCCCCAAGCCUCGGUUCCGUUUGUCCUACCGCGAGUCCAACCCCAAAAUCUUCUCCCGGAGAGUCAGCCGGAAUCUAAUAUCCAUAGGCGUGCCGAUUGACAUCUGCUAAAACCCAGGUCCCUCUGUUUGGUCAGGUUUCCAGAAUGGAGGUCUUCAUGCACGGUCUGCCAGACCACCAACUCUCAUCCCGGACCGUCGAGGUGCAGUUGAUGCAAUACAUGAAGCCGCUUGGUAUCCACCGGGAGGACUUCACCUGCGAAAAAAGUCCAUCGAGGCGCAUCGCCCACGUCACCUUUUGGCGCCGCAGCGACGCCGAAAAGUUCCUCCUCCGGCACAGCGAGAUCGACCCCACAACGGGCAAGCCACCGACGCAGCCCUUUGUCCCGCCUGGUAACAGCCGCCGCACCAAGGGCCCCUCCCGUCACCAGGGGCCGAGGCUGAAAGCAAGACUGCACAUUCUCGGAGCUCCAGUCUGGUGCAGGGCGAGUGAUAGAGCUGUCGACGAAAUUACUCUCCGCGGAAUCACGCACGAUGCCGAGACCGCAAGGCUUGCAGAGAAGGAGCGCGCGGCAAAUGGUGCCAAUGAUCAUAGGGAUCAGUCUGUCGAUUUCAAUAUGCGCAGCUUCAGCUGCGGCCAUUAUGCCUACGUUGAGAGAGACCUGACAUUCUUCCCAGAACAAGAGUGGCCGCAGCAGGGCAGUGCCAGAUUCACCAAGCUCAACCUGACGGUGACCUUGAAUGAUGGGGUCCAUAUGCGAAUCCCACUCAGUUCGAUUCACGAGAUUGUCUGGUCUCCGAGCGGACUCCUGACUUUAACUCUCGUCGAUGUGCCGUACUUCUUCACUCGAGAGUGUACUAUCGUCGAAGCGUUGGCUCGGCUUAAACUUUCCGGCAGUCGAAACCAACAGGACAAGAUCAACAGGAUGAUUGCCCUAGACGAAGCGCACGCAAAGAUCGUCGGGAUCUGCUUGAUCUACCAGUUCCAUGUUGUGGACCACGGCCUGCAGCAAAAGAUUUCCAAGCUCGAGCGACGGAACUUUACGACUGUCACGCGGUACAACCUGCUAACAUCAAGGCAGCCCCACCCAACAUUGGGGGACUUCCAGUUCCAAUACGAGCUAUUCAGGCAGGACUUGGACAGUGCGACGACGGAUCGCAGCGUCUCGUUCGACGUUCUAUUUGUCCUCCAGGCGCUCCUGUUCAACGCCUACAUGCACCCUUGCCUUCUCCGAGAAAUUCUGUGCGACUUGCGCCGUCGCCACAAGGCUGACACGCUCGCUGGCAGGAAACCCAUAUCCGCCGCUGCGGUGAAGGCCCUGAUGGAGAGCACUGACUUCCCGGCUCCCUACGGAGACCCCAGUCACUUCGAGCUGGCUUCCAUCAUGGAAUGGGUCUCAGAGAAACAUGUUGAGAUGGAGAGCGGAUAUGCCUUGCGCUUUGGUGAGGUUCAAAGCCCCAACCUCACCAACAUAUUUCGCGCUGUCGUCACCCCCACGAGGAUCACCCUGCACGGGCCCGAGGUCGAAACCAAGAACCGUGUUCUUCGCAAGCACCCCGGACACCAGGACUACUUUCUACGAGUUCAGUUCUGCGACGAAGGCAGUCGAGAUCUGAGAUUUGAGACAGGGGUUUCUGUGGAGAGGGUCUACCAGCGGUUCAAGGAUGUAUUACUAAGUGGCAUCCGACUCCCUGGAAGGAUCUACAACUUCCUUGGCUUCUCCCAUUCCUCACUGCGGACCAGUUCUGUCUGGUUCUGUGCAGCGUUCCGCGACAAGGAAACCGGCAAACUUGUCAAUCACAAGAGUAUCAUCGAGGGCUUGGGGGAAUUCGGGCACAUCAGGUGCCCUGCCAAGCUUGCAGCCAGGAUUGGCCAGGCCUUCUCCGAAACGCCCUCGGUUGUUCCUCUCAGCGGCUACAGCGACAUCCUCAUCAAACACGUCCCCGAUAUCUACAGUGCUGAUGGACGCAGGUGCUUCAGCGACGGCGUCGGCUCUGUCUCGGAGGAGAUGAUGCGUAUCAUCUGGGCUCAUGUACCCAUGAAGAAGAACGCCCCAACCUGCUUCCAGAUCAGACACGCAGGAUGUAAGGGCAUGCUGGCGCUUGAUACCACUCUCUCUGGCAAAAUCAUAUACUUCAGGGACUCCAUGAAGAAGUUUGACAGCAUCGACCAGGAGGACCUGGAGAUCUGCGAUACCGGUUCCAAGGCCAUUCCGUUGGUGCUCAACCGCCAGAUGAUCAAAAUUCUCGAGGACAUGGGAGCGGAUCACAAGUGGUUUCUGAAGCUUCAAAGCUACCGCCUGAAAGAGCUGCAGGCCGUCACUGCGAAUGCCUACAACGUUCAGACCUUCCUGCACACUGCGAACGUCGGCCAGCCCAUCAGCCUCGGCAAGUUCAUCUACUGGGCUCACCUCAACGGCAUGGACUACAAGAAGGACCCUUUCCUUCGUGGUGUCGUGGAGGCUCUGGUUCUUCAAGAGCUUCGCCUGCUCAAGCACAAGGCGCGCAUUCCCGUGUCGAAAGGAAAGACCCUUUUCGGCCUCAUCGACGAGACUGGACUGCUCCGCGAGGGCCAGGUCUAUGUCACUUUCGCAUCCGAGAAAAUUCCCGGCUUCCAAAAGCCACCGCGCCAUAGUCAGUCGGUUAUUGUCACGCGAUCCCCGGCGCUUCACCCGGGAGACAUCCAAAUCGUGACGAACAUCAUUCCGCCCCCUGAUCAUCCGCUUGCCGCGCAUCGGAACAGCAUUUUCUUCAGCCGACAUGGUUCUAGGGAUCUCCCUAGCAUGCUCAGCGGAGGCGACCUAGAUGGCGAUAUCUACAACAUCAUUUGGGACAAGGAAGUCCUUCCCAAGCAGAGGUUCCACCCUGCAGACUACUCCAACGCUCCUCCUCAGGACAUUGGACGACCUGUAGAGCGCGAGGAUAUUGUACAGCACUUUGUGGAUUUCAUGAAGAACGACAACCUUGGAGCCAUCGCAACUCGGCAUAUGAUCUUGGCAGACCAGAUGGUGGAAGGAACACUGCACCCAGACUGCCAGAAACUUGCCGAGCUUCACUCUACUGCCGUUGACUUCUCCAAGACUGGCAUCCCAGUGGAUAUGAAGGAGCUUCCACGGACAAACAGAUUCCGCCCAGACUUUCUCUCUCCUGGCCCCAUUGCCAAUCUUCACGAUAAGGACGAGAUUCUCAUGGAGCAGUACCGCGCUCCAGACCCUGAAGAGGAGCUUGAGCACGGUGAGCCGCCGCGCUUUAAAUACUACAAGUCGGGGAAGAUUCUGGGGAAGCUGUAUCGUGAAGUGGAUGAGGAGAAGAUCUGGCGAAAUGAUGUCCAUCGGCGUGUCGCUGCGAGCGGCCCGUCUUUCUGGGAAACAUUCUUGAACCUGAUCUUGGACAGGGCCGCGGCGGUCGGUGCCAUGAGCUGGCCGGUGCGUGUGGAUGAAGCCAGGCGUAUCAAGGGCGCAUACGACGACGCCAUCUACGGCCACAUGUGCAAGUUCUCAGACCAUCCUGUUCAGCCAAUCUCGGAACUCGAGGUCUUUAUCGGACACAUCCACAACAAGACCGGGCCGCAAACGCACCGCCAGCGCGACUCCAGCCACAAGCUGCGCGAUGCUUUUGAUCGCACGGCGGCUUAUUUCACGAAACAAAUGCGCCGAGGAAGUGCCAGCCUGGCUCCUGACCAAGAUGGAGACGAUGACGACGAGCCAGCCCCACUCACUGGGUAUUUGCUGGAGCUCGGUCCUACGGCUGCGCUGGAUUUGUGUCUGGCCUGCGUUUGUGUCAGCUCUUUGCACGACUGCCCUUUCCUGGCAGAUCUCGUGCCCGGCGCGAAGCCUACCCCACGGCGCAAACGUGGUGACAGCAAUGAUGAUGGCGGGUUGAAGAGCUUCCGUGUCGUGGCGGCUACGGCGCUUAUGAAGGAGCUCAGGAUUCUGGAGGCGACUCUGAUGGGCAUCGGAGAGGAUGGGAGUGUAAGGGGAGGCGGCGGCUUCGUGGGCGUCUCUGGCUGAUACUCCUUAGGCUUGGUGCAGCGCCCCGUGGGCGCAUUUUUGGCUGCACCCAAAUAUCUUUCAUUUUGUCAUGCUAUACUUGUACAACCAUGUACAUGUUAGCUGUUACUUUGGGGUCUUUCUGGGGAUGGAAUAUUGCCGCCAUGGAGCUUCGGUGUCGUGGGUGACGGAACCUCGCGGCUUCUGAGCUCUUCUUUUUACUUGGGAUGAUCUGGUGCGCGCACUGUGGCGAAGUCAAGCCUGACGAUUUCCGCUGUGUCAUGUUGGCGAGCAGAGUAUAAUUCAAUGAUGAAAGUUCUGUAUCCUGUUCAAAUAUGUGUAAACUGUUG